GUACACAGACAGACACGUCACUUUGCAAGUCACUUUACAGUCAUGAUGCAAGGUAGCUUUUCAUUCUCCAGGGAGAAGAUUUGCUAAGCACCGGACGUUUGAUACAUUUAAAUUUGAAAAUGAUUCGAAUCAACAACACCCAAUACUCCCACUUCCUGCAGCAAGCAGAUGCCUUACGUCGCUCAGGGUCGCUCUGUGAUGCCAUCAUCUCGGUGAAGAGUCAAACUUUCAGGGUUCAUCGGCUGGUACUGGCUUGUGCUAGCAGAAGACUUGCCCAGCAGCUAGCCCAGGCAGACACAGACAGCCCAGUCCGGUGCACUCUGGAGUAUUUAUCACCCCACACCUUCCAGCAAGUUCUGGACUUCACCUACACACAGACUCUUGAGGUGUCUGUGCAUGACCUUCACCUGCUGUUAAGAGCUGCUCAGUUGUUAGAGAUGCCACUGCUGGAGGACCAGUGCUGGAAGCAGCUGGGCAAUCUCCACUACAAAGCCAGAGAGGAGGGCAAAAGGGGAGAAAUUGUAUGCGUCAAAGACGAAGAAGAAGAAGAAAGUGCAGAGAACAAUCAAAAGCAAAAGGAAAGUCCAGUUCAAGAGGAAAAACUAAAAGAGACGUCUUCCCCAGUGGAGGAGGCAAGGGACUGCAUUGUCAUGGAAAACCUCUCGCCCUCUGAUCCUGAUAAGAACUCCAACAGUCAGCCAUCCCCAAGAAAGAAGCCCAAACUCCCCCCUGUGUCAGCAACAUCCCAUAACAGAGACCAUGUCUUCACCAGGCCUGCCAGCAGCAGUUCCCCUUUCUCUUCUCCCUGGACAAACAUGUGGAGCUCUGUGAACACCCUGAGGCAGUUAGCAAACUAUUCAAGUUUAAUUGCAACUCACCCCCUUCAGUCCUCAAACCAGUCCUCUGUAGCACACCCAUUCUCCCUCUCCACCCCCCACAUGUUCCCUCUUCUCGGAUCUCAUUUUCAAACCCCUGUUCACCGUUCUGUAUUGGGCUACUCAGUCUUUCAUCCACAUUACACACAAAAGCUUCAUGCCAGGUCUACAGGGAUGAGGAAUGUAAUCAAGCAGAGCCUGUUAAAAAGGAAAAAAAACACACAGAGAGCAUUUACUGGGACCGUUCAAACCAGUGAGCAGAGUUACCAUGAGGUACCCAAAGCCAGCAGAGAGAGAUUUAAAGACUGCCGACACUGCAGUACAAGCCUCUGUGAUGAUCCAGUGCUGCAGGAGUCAGCCUCCACACUAUCAGGCAAAGCCUGUCCAGGGUGUCAAUUCUGUGGAAGAGGAGAUGUCGUUCAGCAUGAACCACAAUCCAAUCGACCAGACCACAGAGGUGAAAAACCCUACCAGUGCCAACACUGUCCCAAGAAGUUUAGUCUGAAACAUCAACUUGACACACACAUCCGCGUUCACACUGGAGAGAAACCCUUCGAGUGUCGUCUCUGUGGUCAGCGCUCACGGGACUACUCAGCCAUGAUCAAGCACCUGCGCACUCACGGUGGGGCCACGCCCUACCAGUGUACAGCGUGCCUGGAGUUCUGCAAUAGCCUGGCUGCCAUGCAGAGACACAUCAAGAGCCACGCGGUGCAGGACUUCCCUCCUGACUGGAGCAUCAACAACACGUAUCUGUACAACUCACACAUGUGAGCAUCACAGCACAGACUCCUCUGUCUACAUGAAAAAGGGUCGCUUUAGUUUGUGCCUGUCAUGUACUCCAACAGACCUACAUCUCAGUCAAAGCGUCUGUUAUUCAGAAAAAUAAAUCCCCGAUGAUGUCUGUGAAAACAAGAAGGUCCUUUAAUAACAUUUAACACUCUCAAAGUUAAUACUUGGAUCAACGACAUACUGUAUCCAGGAUAAUCCCUGGAUUUUCCUCCAGAUGUCCCUUAACUUCCGCUGUCUUUGUGUUGCCGUUCUUAAACCCUGUUCUCUUCAGGAAACAAUCAGAACCUCUAAUUAGACAAGCUACACUCUGCAAAUGGCACUUUUUGAAGGAAAUUGGGAGGCAGGCCUGCUUGGCUCUUUCAGAGAAUGAUUGUAAACAUUUGAAAAUAAUAUGGAAAGGACAUUCUACUAUUUAACAGACGUUUUAGGACGGACUGGUGGGGAUUUGUUAUUGACAAAACAUACUGGUAAGAGCAAAUCAAAUUUAACCAUGUAUCCAUCUAACUUAAAUAGCUCACUGGUCUCAGGUCUACUGUGUUGUGUGAAUCGUUAACUUCAUUUAAUAUUGUAUGUUGCGUUUUUUGCGGGGUGCAAAUGUUUCACCGAAACAAGUUCCUUCCCGAGACUAUGUUGCAGAGCCACCUUCUCUGCGUC